AUGCAGCCGCCAGUGGUUGAGGAGUUGGCCGUCCGUCAUAUGGACGAUCCGGAUCUCAAGGUGUUCGGUACGGUAGGCCUCCAUUAGCAUGGCAGACAACAUGAGACUAAAGAGGAUAGGAGCAAGGACGCAGCCGUGCCUCACUCAGUUGGUCACUGGGAAAGCGUCUGAGACAGCUACGCUAUCCGUGUCGCGCGCUACCAUGUCAUCGUGGAGCUGAUGCACCAUCUGAGUGAAUCCGUCGUGACAGCCGAGUUUCUGCAUGAUUUUCUACAGUCCUUCACGAUUCACCGUAUCGAAGACUUUCGCCAGAUCCACGAAGGUAGAGUAGAGGUGUUCCGCAUCUCCCGACACUUCUCUCGCAGUUGGUGGACGGCGAAGAUCAUGCCAGUGGUCCCACGAUGACGGCGGAACCCGUACCGGCUUUCCGGCAGGAGAAUGCGAGCGAAGAUUUUCCCGACGAUUUUCGGAAGGGAGAUGCCGCGAUGGUUGCCUCAGAGCUGGCGGUUACUUUUCCGCUUAUAGAGAUGGACAAUUGCGGCGUCCUUGAAAUCCUGCGGGAAUUCUCCUUGACGAGACAUCACCCGGAGGAGCGCCGUCAGAUGAUCUAUGAGUUGGGGACUAGCGUGCGUGUAGAUCUCAACAGGGAUCGCAUCCGAUGCGGACGCUUUCCCACUGGAGAGCUGCUGCACAGCCCUGAUGGUUUCGUGGAGAGAGGGCGGGAGGUCGAGGUGGGCGUUGGUCUCCACGUGAGGCAGCCUGACGAUGGCGGUUUCGAAUAUGGUGGAGUGGCGAUGGCGAACGCUUCUGACUUGCCCUGCCUAUCGUUGUAG